GUAAACUACUCAUCAGUCAGGGUACUCGUAGGCUGUAUCCAGAGUGGGGAAGUUGAGCCGGUGGAAAUGGAAGUAACUAGAGUCAACGUGGCAUCCGUCCAGCAUAUUCUAGGAAACAUGUUGGACGGACUGGUAGCGAAAUGGACAUGCAACCCCAAUUAGCAGACAGGCUGAGUUGUCAACGACCAAUCCUCGGCGGUUGUUUGUGAUAACUCUGGGCACAGUGUCGACGAAUAUGUAGUGAAAGGUUGCGGCCAAACGCAAGUCGAGAACGGAUGCCGGGUUGGGAUGGCCAGAAGGAAACCCAAAGACGUGGACAAAAAAAGUAUAACCUAUACGAAAAAUAGGGGGGAGCGUCAACCUGAGCAUACCGUGACCAGUGAAAACGACAUCCUUGUUGGGAUAUAAAGGCCAAGCUUCUUACUCAGAUCGACUCUUCUAAUCGGAAACGAUGUGCUAUUUCGAACAAACGCGUUGGUCGUGCGGGUAUUGGCGAUGGGGCCACUUCCGUCAACAAUGUACGAAGGAGUAUCGAACCGGAGAGACAUGCGGGCUGAAGCUGGUAUACUCUACGACUCAAGAGCAGGAUAACUGCAAACUCUGCAAAGACAUCGAGAAGAAACAACGAAAAUAUACCAAGCUCCACAACGACAUCCUACGGUGGGAACGAGAAGGGAACCGAACCGCAACGAUCGAGAAAGCCCAAAGGGACAUAGGGGAAGUCGACGAGGCGAUCCAAAACAUGCUCCAACAACAUCAUAACAGGCAAUACUCGGUGGUAUAGGGGUUGUGUGUUGUCAGCGGAAUAAUUCGAAGAGGAGGAUUAGCACGACUGCUUAAGAUCAGUAGAUUUCUUUUGUCACGGGUCUAUAAGGGACAACCGAGAAAGGCGGGAGAGGUAAAUCUCAAAAUAUGGAACGGGCAUCUGAGGGAAGACGUGUCCUCUGGAAUAGCAUUACUGAUGCUGGAAAGCCGGUCUUUUGUACGUUGUACUGGAUGCGAAUUGUUUGAACUAAAUAUACUAGAGAAUUCUCUUGUGAUCCCCAAACUUCAGUACUGGGUCCGGUUUUAGAAGGAUUUUAUGCGUGACCGAUGCUCGGAAGAGGCUCAAUGGGGCCUAUCUUUUGCUGUAUUCGUUCCUACGAUGAAUGAUUAAACUCUCGGA